CAUCGGCUGUUAGCAGGGCUGUAAGCCUAAAGAUGGCAGGGGUGUUUGAGGUGGAGGUUGACGGAGUUGAACACGAUCAUGGACACGGACAUCACGAGGACGGCAAGAUUGAUUUGUCCAGGCUCUCACCAGAGGAGAAGUGGAGGUUGGAUCAUGCGAAAUUGCAUGCCAAACACAAGGGGCAUGAAGCCAUGCAUGCAGAGAUGGUUCUCAUUCUCAUCGUCACGCUCGUCGUUGCGCAGCUCGCCCUGGUUCAGUGGAAACAGAGACACCAAAAAUCAUACAACAUGGUAACGCUCUUCCAGAUGUGGGUGAUUCCUCUGUACUUCACCUCUAAACUGCACUGGUGGAGGUUUAUGGUGGUGUGGUUCACCUUCUCUAUUAUCACGGCUUUUGUCACUUUUCGUGCCACUCGCAAACCCCUGGCCUGCACCACUCCGAGGCUGGUUUAUAAAUGGUUCCUCCUCUUUUAUAAGAUUAACUACGGCACAGGCAUUGUGGGAUAUGCUAUAGUCAUGUUAACCCUCUUCGGCAUCAAUCUCCUAUUUGGGAUAAAGCCAGACGAUUGCAUGGACCUUGGCGUUUCACUUCUCUUCUACGGCCUGUACUUUGGUGUACUCGGCCGGGAUUUUGCAGAGAUAUGUGCCGAUGUUAUGGCAUCUACAAUUGGGUAUUACACUGAGUCCGGGAUGCCCACCAAGCACCUUUCAGACAGUAUCUGCGCCGUCUGCGGUCAGACCACCCUCGUGGAUGCGAACCAAGAGGGAAUCAUCGAAAACACCUACAGACUGACUUGCAACCAUGUAUUCCAUGAGUUUUGCAUACGUGGCUGGUGUAUCGUGGGUAAGAAGCAGACAUGUCCAUACUGCAAGGAAAAAGUUGACCUUAAAAGGAUGUUCAGGAACCCAUGGGAGCGUCCGCAUAUGAUGUACGGGCAGCUGCUGGACUGGCUGCGGUAUCUGGUGGCCUGGCAGCCCAUUAUCAUUGGACUGGUACAACUCAUCAAUUACAUCCUGGGUUUGGAGUAACAGAAGCAGAGCAGAGGGACUGUC